UGGUGGGAAUCAUGACGUAUGCUUCUACUGCGAUUCGAUCCCAAAUUCCCAAACGGACACUUCAAGUGAUCAAGUCCGUGCAAACCCUAGAUUCAGAAAUUACGCACACUCACUCACUCACUCAAACUGAGCUGCGUGUUUGUGUGUGAGAAAACCAAGAAAAUCAAUGGAUUCAGACGAAGGGAAGCUGUUCUUAGGAGGAAUAGCAUGGGACACCACGGAGGAAAGGUUAAGUGAUUACUUCGGCAAAUACGGCGAUGUCUCGCAGACCGUAAUCAUGCGCGAUAAGAUCACCGGACGUCCACGUGGGUUCGGCUUCGUUGUGUUCUCAGAUCCAUCUGUUCUUGAUUCUGUUCUUCAAGAUAGGCACACCAUCGAUGGCCGCAAUGUGGAAGCUAAGAGGGCUUUAUCAAGAGAAGAACAACAAGCAUCUAGGCCUGGAAGUAAUGUCAGCAGAAGCUCUGGAGGAGGAGGAACUUCCAGAACCAAAAAGAUAUUUGUUGGUGGAUUGCCUUCCACCUUAACAGAAGAACAAUUCCGCCAGUAUUUUGAAAGUUAUGGUGAUGUAACGGAUGUAGUAAUUAUGUUUGACCAAACUACCAACAGACCUCGUGGAUUUGGUUUCAUCUCAUUUGACACAGAAGAUGCUGUCGAUAGAGUCCUCCAGAAGACCUUCCAUGAACUUAACAAUAAGCUUGUGGAGGUAAAACGAGCCCUCCCCAAAGACGCGAAUCCUGGCGGCGGCGGCGGCGGCCGUGGUGGCGGCUAUCAAGGCAACAAUGGUGGUUCAUUUGACAAUCAAAUGGAUGGUAAUAGGUUCAUGCAGGCGCAGAACUCUGGUGGCGGCUAUCCUCCGUAUUCUGGAUAUGGUCAACCGAGUUAUGGUGGUUAUGGCGGGUAUGGAGGUUAUGGUGUUGGUGGUUAUGGUGGUCCUGCCGGAGCAUAUGGGAACCCGAGUGCUGCAAACUCCGGUUACAUAGGUGGUAGUCCCAGUCCAUUAAAAAACCCAUGGAGUGGUCAGACUCCUGGCUAUGGUGGUGCAGGGUAUGGUGCGAAUGCAGGGUAUGGGGCUAAUGUUCUUUGGAAUGGUGGUGGUGGUGGAGCGGUGGGUCAACCUCCUAGUGGGGGUUCUAGUUAUGGGAGUCAAGGUUACGGGUAUGGUGGUUAUGGUAGUACUGAUGGCUAUAAUUCAAACAACGGUGGUUAUGGAGCAGCUGGUGGUAGAUCAGGGCUAGGAGAUCAACAAGCGGCAGGUGGUGGCUAUAUGGCCGGUGCUGGUGCCGCCUAUAACGGGCAGCCUGGUUACUCUAAUGCAGGGUGGAGAUCAGAGAGUUGAUUGAAAAGUGGAUGUGAUGGUGCUCCAAUAAUGGUUAUGCAACAAACUUAAAAACUGGAACCAACGAAUCCAUCAAGAUUGGAAUCAUGGAAUCCUUAUCCCAGGUUGGAACGCAAGAAGAAUUCUAGUUUCAGCAAAUGGGAAAUGGAAUUCCCAGAACCAAACGCCCCCUUCGGCCACUAGAUCUGACAAUGAUAUAACAAUUGAUGGUAACCAGCUAGUAUAUCAAUCCAGAUUUACUUGUUUUCCUGUUACUUUUCGUUACUUUAUAUAAUUGGCUACUUUGAUUUUAGCUAACAACUAUUCUCUAAUUUGUUUCAACUGAAAAGCCUAUUUUAGCUUGUAUGAUAUUAUUAUAGGUGUUUUUUUUCCUGGCGUAGAAAGCGUUUUUUAGUUCCCAUUAAAGGAUUUUUCUUUUUAAUAUCUAG